AAGAAUGCAUUCUUAGAACAUAGAGAGGACUGAAAAACCACUUCACCAGUCCCUCCACUGAAGUUGCUCCUCCUCCUUGUCUCGCUGCAUUGCUUGAAUUUGUCUUAGAAAACGAAGGGGGAAGGAAUGCAUUUAAUGUAAGCGCACAAUGAAAUAAACUAGUCUGUUUAGGUGAGUACUCAGUACAGUGCAAGGUGUAUCAGUACAAACGCUGUACCUGUACAUACUCCUUCACACUACUGGACAACAUGAGGACCCUGCUACUGACAACCGUGCUGCUGGUGCUGCUCUGUAACACUCAAGUGCUCACACUCAGGUGUUACACCUGUGAAGAGGAUGAUGCUGACUGCAAGCAAGUGACAGAAUGUCCACCAUCGAGCAUGUACUGCAGAACUGUGGUGACUGCGGACACAGUGACUCGUACCUGCGAGGAGAUGUGUGUCUCGGGUGUCAACGCCUACUGUUGCCAGGGUGACCUGUGUGAGAACUGACAUGAUCCACGGAGAACCAUCACCACUGACUACACACCUUCUGUUUAGAUACAGUUGAAUGUUGUGUGGGAAAUACUUUAGAAUAUGGGAUACAUUAUAACCUUUCAUUUAAUUACAUUUACAUUUUAGUAAUUUAGCAGACACUCUUAUCCAGAGUGACUUAGUUAGUGCAUUCAUCUCAAGAUAGCUAGGUGAGACAACCCAUAUCACAGUCAUAGUAAGUACAUUUUUCCUCAAUAAAGAAGUUAUCAGCAAAGUCAGUGCUAUUGUUUGUGAUAAUCUUUAAAAAAGGCAAUAUUAUACUUUCUGUCGCGCAAAACAAUCUAGCCCUUUGAACGACUCUCAACUGUUUCUGCUGUCCUUCAAAGCUUGACUUAAUGCCAUAAAACAUAGAGGUUUUACAGUAAUGAGGAUUUCCAAUGCCUGAGCUGUGAUUCUAGUGUAGCCUCUCCUAGUCUCCUCUCUCUCCGGAUGCUCCUGAGUGGGUCAUGCUGGCUCAUGGCCUUCUGCUGGGAUGUGGGUCACCAGACGGGGACAAUGCUGGCCUGUCGUGGCCGUAUGCAUCUGGGCAGGCAGGAUUAUCUAAAUCCCUCCAAUGAGGGGGAGUUAUGGAGAACCUGUACCACUCUCACCUGGCAUCUCAUCCCCACUCUCCUCCGAAAAAAGUAUGCUUGAUCAGUGUGUAGAUUGCUUUGUUUUCGAGAGAUUAAAAACAAAGAAAAUGACAGUUUUAGAGUGAGAAAAUAGGAACACUUUACACAUAUAAAAUCAUCUUAUUGUGCAUAACUGUAGAUAAGGCAAAUGUUUAAAUGUCAUCACUCAGCACAGGUCGGUGCCAGCUGGGCUCAGACGUUAAUUCAACGUUUAUUCCAUGUUGGUUCAACAUAAUUUCAUUGAAAUUACGUGGAAACAACGCUGAUUCAACCAGUGUGUGCCCAGUGGGUGGGCUGUGGCUGGUCAUCUAAAUCAAACAGGCAAAUAUGUGUCACAUCUAGAUAUGUAUUUAUCUUCCAACCAUUAUUUCCUUUUCCAUUAGAGCUCCACAUUUGAGGAUUUGUGGGGGUUAGAGAGCCAACCUUCACUCCUUUACACAUCAUGUGAAUGGUGUUUCAUUCAAACAUCUUAAAGGGGUCAGCAUAACACACACAUUCUAUGAACAAAAGAGAACAUGUUAUCCCAGAAACCCUCUGAUCUUACAAUGCACUUUUAUAGUUGCCCAGAAAAGGCAGAAACUGAUUUACAGUUUACAGAAACAGCACUCAAACUGAUUAGUGCAUGGAAACAAUACGUUAUGAUAUGAAUGUCAUGAAUGGCAUGUUUGGCAUUCAACCAAAUUAACGACAUGUAAUACAAAUUAAUUUUGAAUGAAGCAAUGAUUAAAUUAUUUGUUCCUUUACCCUUUGUGAUCCAACAACUAUAUCACAUGCUGACAUUUAGCAGCCUGGUAUACAGCUCCACAUUAUGGUUUUAGUCUCUAUUUUGAGUCAUAAGACACUGUUAUUAAGCAGGUUUUAUGAUAAACCCAGUUGCAUAACUUACAGUGAUGAACAAAAGCCACUAGAAUCAGCAUAACCUUUAUUUUAACAGGGAAGACAUUCAGAAAGUAUUCAGACCCCUUAACUUUUUCUAAAAAAAUAAAUACUUUACAGCCUUAUUCUAAAAUUGAUUCAAUUGUUUUUCUCCCUCAUCAAUCUAUACACAUAGACCAUAAUGACAAAACAAAAAACUUUUUUUUUUUUUUUUUAAAUUGGAAAUAUCACAUUUACAUAACUAUUCAGAUCUUCCGUUGUCCUGUUGGAAGCUGAACCUAUGCCCCAGUCUGAGGUCCUGAGCGCUCUGGAGCAGGUUUUCAUCAAGGUUCUCUCUGUACUUACUCUAGAGCUCUGUCAUAGUGACCAUCGGGUUCUUGGUCACCUCCAUGACCAAGGCCUUUCUCUCCUGAUUGCUCAGUUUGGCCAGGCGGCCAGCUUUAGGAAGAGUCUUGGUGGUUCCAAACUUCUUCCAAUUAAGAAUGAUGGAGGCCACUGUGUUCUUGGGGACCUUCAAUGCUACAGACAUUUUUUGGUACCCUUCCCCAGAUCUGUGCCUCAACACAAUCCUGUCUCGGUGCUCUACGGACAAUUCCUUCGACCUCAUGGCUUGGUUGUUGCUCUGACAUGCACUGUCAACUGUAGAACCUUACAUAGACAGGUGUGUGCCUUUCCAAAUCAUGUCCAAUAAAUUGAAUUUACCACAGGUGGACUCCAAUCAAAUUGUUGAAACAUCUCAAGGAUGAUCAAUGGAAAUAGGAUGCACAUGAGCUCAAUUUCAAGUCUCAUAGCAAAGGUUCUGAAUACUUAUGUAAAUAAGGUCUUUAAAAAAUAUAUACAUUUGAUAAAAAAAUCUAAAAACCUGUCGCUUUGACAUUAUUGGGUAUUUUGUGUAGAUUGAUGAGGAAAAUUGUUUAUUUAAUACAUUUUAGAGUAAGGCUGUAACGUAACAAAAUGUGAAAAAAGUCAAGGGGUCUGAAUACUUUCCGAAUGCACUGUGCCAACAGGAUAUUAGUUUUGUAACACUGGGGGCAGUGCAGGGCAUGUGCCAUUUAGUCAGUGUACUACAGUACAUGAAGUUGUGGUGGGGGCAUUGCAUUAGUGUCUAGUACUUGGGACACAGGGUAGACUUCACUGUAUAGUACUGAAACUAAAUGUGAUUGCGAAUGGACACAAGAGAUUAUAUCUCAAAAUAAAAGUCUCAAUCACAAUGUUAUAUUGGAACAUUACCUAUCAAGGUUUAGGAUUUUAGAGAGACUUCUGACUGGUGUGACUCUGUUGUUCAGAGAUGGUCAAGCCCAUGCUCAGAACUGAGGUCCAGGCCAAAGCCAUGAUCAGAACCAAUGUCAAGACCAAAGGAGGAAGAGGAGGACACAAGUCGAGCAUAAAGAAGAAUGAAAAACCACCAACCCCACUAAUACCACCAACUCAGAUGGUGAGUUACGAGGGCUGGGCUCAGAAUCCAGACAGAGAGACCUGAUUGUCCAUGACAACGGGGAAGUGGCCAGGCCCAGAAUGCCAAUCAAAAGGAGUCAAAAGCCUGGGAGUCCAAAGCCUAGGAGUCCAAAGCCUGGGAGUCCAAAGCCUGGGAGUCCAAAGCCUGGGAGUCCAAAGCCUGGGAGUCCCAAGCCUGGGAGUCCAAAGCCUGGGAGUCCAAAGCCUGGGAGUCCCAAGCCUGGGAGUCCCAAGCCUGGGAGUCCAAAGCCUGGGAGUCCAAAGCCUGGGAGUCCAAAGCCUGGGAGUCCAAAGCCUGGGAGUCCAAAGCCUGGGAGUCCAAAGCCUGGGAGUCAAAAGCUUGGGAGUCAAAAGCUUGGGAGUCAAAAGCCUGGGAGUCAAAAGCCUGGGAGUCAAAAUCCUGGGAGUCAAAAGCCUGGGAAUCAGAAGACUUGUAAGAAAGGGAGUACAAAAAAUGGAAAAGAAUGGGCCAAGAAAAAUCAGGACACCACACGAAGUAAGGAACUCAGAAAAUCUACCACAGACCACGAAACUUGUGGGCCCAUCCCAGUGAUGGCAGGAAUGUAUCUGGAUGUGGUCCGGAGGUCAGCUGCUGAUUGUGAGUCUGUACUACCAUCAGCCCAGGAGAAUGCUACCCUAGCCCCGGGUGCCAUGGAGCUGAGGACCGGGCCUGGAGGCCCUGGAGCUCAUCCUAGGAACAAUUGCUGGAAUAACCCAGCUGAGAACUUUCAGGCCUGUGGGACAUCCUACCACAUCUGCCGCAGGCCCCUCACAGACUACCCCGUUUAUGCCCAUGACUACACCCUGCCCCGGGCCAAGGACAAACACCAGGAUCUGUACCAAGAUGAGAGCCUGAAACGAGACCCCUCGCCCCAGGGUGUCUCUCUCUCUGUUACUGAUGUGGACCUCUGCAACCCCAAUGUGAGUUAAUGGCAAAAAACGACAACAUAGCCAUCUGUUAAAGUAGAUUAUAGUAGAUUAUAUAGUAUAUCUGUAAUAGACUGGGCAUUUUGUGGACAUUUUUGUUCCAAUCUAUACCCUACUUCAAAUGCCUUGGAACGAACCAAUUCCAUUGAAAUAGAUGAUUUGGGUUUAUUUUAACCCAUAGUAAGUGACUGCUAUAAAAACUAUGGUUUGGUAAACAAACACUAGGAAAGAGGAUGGGCUCACAUGCCCUCAUUGAGAUAUUUCUAGACGUGCAGUAUAGUGUAUCAAUCGGAAAUUCAGUGAGCACAUGCUCUGGGUGCUUUGUGUGAGACAAAGCUGUUGUUUGGACUUUACGUGACAUUGGGGGGGAUUAUUUCAGAUUACUCCAGUGUUGUGAUUGUGUAGGCUCCUAUAUGUUUUUUCUUUCUUUGGUUCCUGGAGAGGGAUCAACACCUAUUGGUUACAGGCCAUUGAAGGCAAAACUAGGGGAAAGGAGUGGCUAGUGUUUGUACAAAUAUUUAUCUUUAGAAAGCUGUAAUAUGGAUAUUUAAGAUUUUUCUUUCUAAUAAACAGGGUUAUAAAAUUUA